GACCUCUAGUCAGGGCUCUUCGCCUUUAAAGGACACGCACUUCCUCCUCGCUCAAAAGCCGACGAGACGAUGACGAGCGAAGACGAGAAGCGGAAGAAGAAUAAGAAGAAGAAGCCCAGAAAGGAUAAAUGGGGCCAACCGCUACCGUGCGCCGCGGCGGAAGAACGCUACAACGACGACAACAACGACAACGAAUCGAAAACACCUGCAGCAGAAACAGAAGAAGAGGAGGAGCGACAGCAAAAGCGAUUCGCCAACACCACCAGCUACGAAACCCAGACACUCUCUCCCUCUCACUCAAAAGAAGACGUGACGAUCACGAGCGAAGAUGAGAAGAGGAAGAAGAAGAAGAAGAAGCCCAGAAAGGAUAAAUGGGGCCAGCUGCUACCGUCCGCCGCGGCGGAAGAACGCCACAACGACAACGAAUCCAACUACUACAACGAAUCGACUUUACCUGCAGCAGAAAGAGAAGAAGAGGAGGAGCGACAGCCAAAGCAAUACGCCAACGCCACCAGCUACGAAACCCACAAGGUGGUGCUGAGCGGGAUGCCAUACACCACUACGGAAGAAGAUAUUCGGGAACUGUUCAAAGACAUGGGCUCCAUCUCUCAGCUCCAGCUCUCAAGAUUCCCUGAUUCUGGAAACUUCCGAGGCCUCGCAUUCCUCACCUUUGCGACUGAAGAAAUGGCAACAAAUGCUCUCGAACUUGACGGUACAAAAAUGGGAAAUAGGUUCGUGAAAAUUGAGCAAUGCCGCCUAGAUCCUGAAAGGAAGAGAAAGAGUGAGUUUCUCGAUGAACCCAAGAAGGCAGAUGGAUGCUUGUCUGCAUACAUUGGCAACCUCUCAUGGGAUGUUACAGAAGAUGACAUAAGAGACUGUUUCAAAGAAAGCAAGAUCACUUCCAUAAGAUUCGCUGUGGAUAAGAAGACGGGGACAUUUCGUGGUUUUGGGCACAUAGACUUUGAAGAUGACGAAUCACUAGAGGAAGCCAUGAAGAAAAACCAGGUAGAAUUGAAUGGCCGACCCAUGAAAAUCGCAUAUGCGGUUAAGUAAUAGGAACCGAACUAGCAUUUGGACUUUACAUAAUGGAUCAGAUCAGGAAUAUUUACAUUCUACCAGUGAUACAAACAAAGAUGGACAAUCAUUUCCUUCUGUUUUACUGCUAUUUUAUUUUAUGACGUUUAAAAUCAUAACAUGCAUUAUGUUCGAAGUAUUUUUCAGGUAAAAACAAUCCUGAGAUACUAAUUACAUCCAAUAGUUUUAGUUCUAUUAUCUCAAAAUUUUCACUUCUUCAGUUUUGUUUUAAACGAAUGCAUCGAUUGUAUUAUUGAAUGAGACAUUGAUUUUGUGCACUAUCUAAACUCUUGUACUAAAGGAACCAUGGUUUCUUGUUGUGGGAAGAAUGCUUGCUUGAUUUCA